AACUGGUGUUAAGCAGGUCCAGCCUUUCCCUUGGGGAUCUCAUCUUCCUAUAUGCAUUUCUGACAGUUCGUUACCUGCCUGGAGUGUCUUCGACUGUGGGCAUCCCCCGCUGUUCUUUAAGCCACAAAAAGCCGCAUCCAAGUUUGUUUGACGUCUGCUCUGUCAAGUGUCCAUGAUGUUGGGCCCCGAGGGAGGUGAAGGCUUUGUAGUCAAGCUCCGUGGCCUGCCCUGGUCCUGCUCUGUUGAGGAUGUGCAGAAUUUCCUCUCCGACUGCACAAUUCAUGAUGGGGUCGCAGGCGUUCACUUUAUCUACACUAGAGAAGGCAGGCAGAGUGGUGAGGCUUUUGUUGAACUUGAAUCAGAAGAUGAUGUAAAAAUGGCCCUUAAAAAAGACAGGGAAAGCAUGGGACAUCGGUACAUUGAGGUGUUCAAGUCCCACAGAACCGAGAUGGAUUGGGUGUUGAAGCACAGUGGUCCAAACAGUGCUGACACCGCCAAUGAUGGUUUCGUGCGACUUCGAGGACUCCCGUUUGGAUGCACCAAGGAAGAAAUCAUUCAGUUCUUCUCAGGGUUGGAAAUCGUGCCAAACGGGAUCACAUUGCCUGUGGACCCCGAGGGCAAGAUUACAGGGGAAGCCUUUGUGCAGUUUGCCUCACAAGAGUUAGCUGAGAAGGCUCUAGGGAAGCACAAGGAGAGAAUAGGGCACAGGUAUAUUGAGGUGUUCAAGAGCAGUCAGGAAGAAGUUAGGUCAUACUCGGAUCCCCCUCUGAAGUUCAUGUCAGUGCAGCGGCCGGGGCCCUAUGACCGGCCUGGCACAGCCAGGAGGUAUAUCGGCAUUGUCAAGCAAGCAGGCCUGGAGAGGAUGAGGUCUGGUGCCUACAGUGCAGGCUAUGGGGGCUAUGAGGAGUACAGUGGCCUCAGCGAUGGCUACGGCUUCACCACCGACCUGUUUGGAAGAGACCUCAGUUACUGUCUCUCUGGGAUGUAUGACCAAAGGUAUGGAGAUGGCGAGUUCACUGUCCAGAGCACCACUGGACACUGCGUCCACAUGAGGGGGCUGCCCUACAAAGCCACGGAGAACGACAUUUACAACUUCUUCUCUCCACUCAACCCAGUGAGAGUCCAUAUUGAGAUUGGCCCUGAUGGAAGAGUGACCGGUGAAGCCGAUGUCGAAUUUGCCACUCACGAAGAAGCUGUGGCGGCCAUGUCCAAAGACAGGGCUAACAUGCAGCACAGAUACAUAGAACUUUUCUUGAAUUCCACGACAGGGUCCAGCAACGGGGCAUAUAGCAGCCAGAUGAUGCAAGGCAUAGGGGUGUCAACCCAGUCCACUUACAGUGGCCUUGAGAGCCAGUCCGUGAGUGGCUGUUACGGGGCAGCGGCUAGCUAUGGUGGCCAGAACAGCAUGAGUGGAUAUGACUAGUUUUGUAGUAGCUUUUGAGUUAUUUCAUCAGAUUUUCACAGGCAGCCAACAAGCAGUGAAAAGCAGUUAUUACUCUAGAGGAAGCUGUGGGACCCAUUUUGCACCAUGAGUUUGUAAAAUCUGGAUUAAAAAAUUACCUCUUCAGUGUUUUCUCAUGCAAACUUUCUUCUAGCAUGUUAUAUUGAGUAAACUAAAACCAUUUUCAGCUUUUCUCAACAUUUUGGUAGUGUACUUUCUGGAGUGAUGUUAUCUGAGUUAAAGUAGUUUUAAGUACAUUAAAUGUGGAUCUUUUACACCACAUCAUCGUGAACACAUUGGGGAGGUGUGCUUUUUUGGAAAACUCAAGGUGCUAGAUCCCUAAUUCAAAGAGGAACAUUUCUCAUGUUUGUUCAUUCUAGUUUAUUUUCAUUUAAAAUCUUUUAGGUUAAGUUUAAGCUUUUUAAAAGUUAGUUUUGAAAAUUGAGACACAUUACUAAUACUGUAGGAAUUGGUGAGGCCUUGACUUAAAACUUUCUUUGUACUGUGAUUUCCUUUUGGGUGUAUUUUGCUAAGUGAAACUUGUUAAAUUUUUUUGUUGACUAAAUUUUUUUCUUAAAAUAAAAAGACUUUUUCACAAUG